AUGGACUACCCUUCGCGCGGAGAAGGGAAGAGGAGGCCACAGGCCUGGGGCAACUUGGUUGGCAGGGGCAAGUCUGAGAACCGGAUGUCCUCUUUGCCUGGUGAAAAAAGGAAGUGGACCAACAGGGGCUCCAGAGAUCUGAGAGCAGAUCUCCCAGAGGGCUGCGGGAGGUGUGGGGGCAGGGACCCUCAGCUAACCCCGCCCCCUCCCGCCCGGCCCAGGGCGGGGCUGCUCCCCGGUGCAUUGGUCCGCCGCUGUGUCAGUUUCCCGGUGGGGCGGCCCUGCCGGCCGGGAGGGGGCGGGACCCCCGAGGGACCGGACCCUGGAGUCCGGCGGGGCGGGGCCGUGCCGGGACUACGAGGAGCGGCGGCGGCGGCGGUGGCCAAAGUUUGGCUGGAGCGGGGGCAGCUUGUUCCCCGUCCCCCGGGGCGGCCCGCCGGAGCCGGAGCAGCGCUGGCAUGCCGCGCGGAAGGCAUUGAAAGCCGGCCCGGCUGGGCAGGAGGCGGCGGACGCCCGGGGGCCAUGGGCUCGGGCGGCUGCUCGCGGCGCCACAAGGGGCUGGUGCAAACGGGCUUCCUGCUGACCGCGGCGCUUGGCCUGCUCGGCGGGCUGCUGCUCUACGGCCACCUGGAGCAGAAGGCGCGCGCGGCCCAGGCGCUGGCCGCUACCUACCGCGGCCAGCAGGAGGCACUGUCGGCGCAGUUGCAGGUGGUGUAUGAGCAUCGGUCCCGCCUGGAGAGGUCCCUGCAGAAGGAGCGAGGGGAACACAAGAAGACCAAGGAAGAUUUCCUAGUGUACAAACUGGAGGCGCAGGAAGCUCUCAACAAGGAAAAGCAAGACUCGAUGAACCGCUACGGGGCCUUGAGCUCGCAGCACAGGAUCCUCAAGAACCAACAUGAGGAUGUGAAGAAGCAACUAUUGGACCUGCAGCUGCAGCACAGCGGGCUGAGGCUGGAGCACCGGAAGGCCCUGGAGAGCCACGGGCAGCGCUAUGCCCAGCUGCAGCGGGAGAAGGACAGCGAGGUGGCCAGUCUACAGGACACAGUGUUUAAACUCCGAGAAGAAAGCAAGCUUCUCAGGAAGGCUCAUCAGGACGUUCACAGCCAGCUACGGAAUGCCCAGUCCCAGAUGGAGGAGUUCCGACAGCUCAAGGAGGCCUUACAGAAGAUGCCCAGCUUCCAGGAGGCUGGGGCCAGCCGGCAGGUGCAGCAGCAGCAGCAGCAGCAGCUCCUCCAGCCCCCGAGGCCGCAGGCUCAGCUCAGGAAGCCUCAGGUGUUCAUGGCCCCGGGCUCCAGGCUGGCCGUGCACCCCCAGGAGCCCCAGCUGCCUCCUGGCUGGAACCCUCAGGCUGCCCGGGCCCCAGGGACACGGGCCUUGCCCCCGGCGCAGCCCCCUUUCUCAGACCUGACGUUGCCUUCUUCGGGGCCCCCUUUCUGGCCCCAGAAACCCAUCGAGGGUCCCGUCCUCCGAUUCGCCAGGACGGUGAACAGCCUUCCAGCGGGACACCCGGUUCAGCAGGUAGUGGUGGUGGCGGCCCCUAUCGCUACCUCCCCUGAGAGACUCGGCCCCCGGGGUCGGCCCCCUCAGCAGCAGCCUCCCACAGGGCUGGAAAGAGAGCCCCAGGCCCUCCCUGCCCCCGCUAGCCCACACGUACAGAUGCAGAGCUGGCAAGAUAUCGUCAACAAAGUGAAUGCCCAAGAGAAGAGCCAGCAGGACCCCCUGAGCAGCCAGCCCCGGCCUCUUCCGCCGGGCAACCCGGGAAAGGGGGCCGAGCGCCCAGCAGCCAGGAAGGACCACGGAAGGGCAGGGCCCGACGAGGCGGAGCUAGAGAUGGAUGCUGGCAUGAUUGAUCGGGAGGAGAAUAUACGGCUCAGGAAGGAACCAGGGGCCCAGGGGCCAGUGGGAUCUGAUGUCCUUGCGGACCCUGCCCACGAUCCCAACAACCAGGGUGAGGAUGAGUUUGAAGAGGCAGAGGUAGAACGGCCGAGGCUGGAAGAGGGGGCCCUGAGAGCUCAGCAGGCUCAGGAGUCCCAGGAACAGAGAGCAGAGGAGCAGGACCAGGCUGGAGAGGGACGCCACAGGACUGGCACAGAGCUACUGAAUGACUACCAGGAUGACCAGGAACUGGAUGAGAACCCUGACCUGGAGCUGGUACCUGAGACCAGGAGUCACCCAGAGGCCCCUGGCCAGAAAGACAAUUACUACUGACCUUCCACGUCCCUCCCUCCUCCUGAACCCCCAUGCUCCAUGUCUUCCUGAAGAGACCCUCCCUCAGAGCUUAGAGAGAGCAGGGAAGUGUCAGAGCCUAGGCUUCUAUGGAAGGAGAGUGGAAUCUGCUCCACUUUUCCAUCCCUUCUGCCCCAGCACACACUGGGGACCAUACUACAUUCCUUACUUGCUUUUCCAGAACAGCAUGAGGUUGUGUGGGCCAUAUGGGCCUUAGGGAUUGCAGCUGAGCUAGGAAAGAGAUCCUUGUAGCCCUGGGUAUCACCUCUUGCUCCUUGCUCUCUAGCCCUCAGAUAUCUACUCUCUCUGACUCACUGCACAACCACAUCCCACAAGUCCCUAAUGGUGGGGUGUGGACUGCUCAGGGCCCCAAAGUCAAAGGCUUCUUCUAGCAAUAGAAUAGGGCAGUGAUGCUAUGACUGGACUCCUUUGGAGAUGAGGAUGGGCUGAAAACUGGGACCUGUUGAGGGGAAGGUGAUGACUUUUCAACUGGUUAGCCUUCUCUAUAGACCAGAAAAGAGAGAGACUGCCAUGUACACAACCAGGAGGGAAAGGGCUGAGCCCCAGUGGAGAUGGACAGAGCCAUACAGGGCCAAGUCUGAGAUUUUUGACUGAGACUUAAAUUCAGAACUCUGAUGGGUGCUGAAGGUGAGAGCCUGGGAACUGGGCCCUGGUUCAGUCUUAGGGCAUAAAGGAGAGACCAAGGCUGGCUCCUGAAGGUUCCCCCUGUUUCCCUUCUCUAACAUUUCUUCUCCUCCAGUCACUUUCUGGGGAUUAGAGUCUAGAAUUCUUCCCCACCCCCAGGGGCCCAGCAGGAUAGAGAAUCAGAUCCUAGGUGAGGGUGUCAGACCCUUAGAUGUUCUCCACCAAGGUCCAGUAGGGGAGAGGGUCAGCCAUGGAUAGGGGGCUGGGUAGCCCAGGGUUUCUCUGUAAAUAAUGUAUAGUCAUUUGGGCCUUACUAUCCAUUUUGUAUACACAGAAAAUAAAAUUUUGAGUUAUAUUCA